CAGACCAAAAGCCUAUCAAACUUGCAAUAUCAAGUAAGCGCAGAUGGAGACACCAUUAAUGUCAAGCUUCCUUGUCAUAGUACAUUUGCUAAUACUAAUGUUUUAUUUGGGUGGUGGAAACGCUAUUGAAUCCCCACAGUACACUGUGGUGCUCUCAGAAUCAGAUUUCGAAGUCAGACUCUACAGAGAAACCUCGUGGAUUUCUGCUCCUGUUCAAGGGACAUCUUCCUUCAAAAAGGCAACCAAAGAUGGAUUUCACAGGUUGUACAAAUACAUUCAUGGGUCUAACCUUAACUCUUCUAUAAUUCCGAUAAGUGCUCCCGUUUUAACAACCAUUAAUGCUUCAUCACCUAAUGAAGGGGGGUCAGAAUAUUAUGUGAGACUUUUUCUGUCUGCUAUAUAUGAAAAACCACCUCUACCUUCUCCUGAAUUGAAUCUGCAACUUUUUAAGUGGAAGAGUCAUUGCAUUGCAGUCAGAGAGUUCUCUGGGUUUGCCAAGGAUGAUAAUAUUAAUAAAGAACUUGAAGCUCUUAAGAACAGCCUAAACAAGCAAGUGGAUGGGAAAACAUCGAUGGUGGAAGAUAAGAGUUCCUACUCCAUUGCUCAGUACAAUUCUUCACGAGAACCUACCGAGCGGUUGAAUGAAGUUUGGAUUAAUGUUUCAGGUUCUGCUGCAGAAGGAUGUCUGAACCAUAAAUAGAAAACAUUAAUUUGGCUUUUGUAUUUAUGAUGCUUUGCAGCAUCAGGGAAGGGCGUUUUAUCGAAUAAGAAAUAGCUUCUCUCCGUAAUUUCACUAUUUCUUUGUGCAACUUCCAUAGCAGGACUGUCAUUUGAGAAGCACACUAUCUUCUUCUUGUUUUGAACUAUGAAAGAAAUUUCUACUCAAACAGGAACAGAAAUAACUUCCAAUUAGGCGUUGCAAAUAAUAUGUUUCUCUUUUACAUAUCAAGGCCUUGAUCAAACUCAUAGCAUGACUUAUUUACUUUAGCAUAUUAUGAAUUUUCCAUGUGCCAAUUGAUGGAAAAGUAGAAAACUGUGGAAUCUGAACGUUAGGCAAUAGAGAGCAUAUUCAGAAUAAUAGAAAAAUAUAUUGAGGAACAAGAAGGAACUUCAAUGUCAACACUUAUAUCCGAUACAAAUAUUUUUGCUACCUUUCCAGACCAAGUAUUCUAAAAGCAACAAAAAUUGAAGUUCAGAACUAAUCGUCACGUGUAGAAGAAUAAUACAAAUGUAUCACUAAAGAAUGUAGUGCUCUGAGGCUCGUAUAUGUAGCAUGAAGUCUUAGGUAUAGACGUGGCAUUAUUUGGAGACCUUCUAACACCUAUACAUCUUUAUUUAACAACUAUGGAGUUAAGUAGGCAAGCAGAGAGAAGAUCCUGCUCUGAAUAUGGAUGCAUUUAAGCAUAUAGGAUGGAGGUACAUAUAUUGCAACAUUUAUGUCCAGUAAACGGGUUAAAUAUACCAUAAUAAUACAAGUACAAAUAUUAAUUGUAUAAAUUUCCAGUAUUACCCUUUUUUCUUGAAAUAAUCUUCUUUUCCCUUCUGUAAGAAGCAGGCAUGGAAGUUUUCUUGUUGAACAGAUCAUGAGAGAUGCCAUGAAGAAAAGAUCACAAUCACAUUUGGGGUCUUGUCUGGACAACGUAGAUUUUCCCAUCCCUAAUCACACCUUCAAUGUCUUGUGGUGAUCCAUAAA